GCCGGCCGAGGGGAAACAGACACACACGUCACAGCAGAAGUGUUAGAGUUAAAAUUUCAUGCAAGCCCCACCUCCUCUGCUCACAGGAAACCCCGCGUGUGCAUGCCGAAAUCCCCAACGCAGCCAACAGACGGACAGAGACGGGCCCCAGCUACAGCAAGAGUAAGGUGACAGAACACAACAGGAAACUGAUCGAGAAGAAUCAAGGUGUGACUGGUUGAAAGAGGCAGCAGCAGAAGAAGAUAAACCUCUGGCAUGAGAAGAGGAUGAGAAGGGAGUGUGCUCUACUGAUUUCUCACCCCACUGGCUUCCGAUGCUGAGACGACGCAGGGCUCGAGGACAGAGCAGCACACACGUGGAGGGGCCCCCGGGUGCUCACGGCUAGCUUUUUGGGUGCCGUUACGUGAUGCCAGAUGUCAUUUCAGGAUGGAAAAACUCUUACACCCCGACAACCCACAGACUGAUGAUUCACAGCAGAUAGAAUAACGUUUCCAGCAGCAAGUUUCGAAGGACCGAAACCGUCGAGACGUGAAAGCAGCGCAACCGGAGACGGCUUGACCGGUGUCGGACGGCUCCUGCUCGCCGUGAAGGACGGCAUGGAAACUCAGACGAAGCGCCCGGCGGGCCGCCGGCAGCUGCCCUGAUAACAAGCUUCCAGCAGGUUGGCGAGACCUCCCCGACAAUGAACGGCAGCUGCCAUGACGUGGACGACCUGAAGACCUACCUGCACCACAUCUACGCCGUGGUCUACAGCGUGAUCCUGGCGCCGGGCCUGCUGGGCAACGUGCUGGCGAUCUGGGUGUUCAGGGUCUACAUCAAAGAAACCAAGAAGGCCGUGAUGUUCAUGAUGAACCUGGCUGUGGCCGACCUGCUGCAGGUGCUCUCCCUGCCUCUGCGGAUCUACUAUUACCUGAACGACACCUGGCCCUUCGGUCUCCCCCUCUGCAUGUUCUGCUUCUAUCUCAAAUACGUCAACAUGUACGCCUCCAUCUACUUCCUGGUGUGCAUCAGCGUGCGGCGCUGUCAGCUCAUCAAGUGCCCGCUGCGGUACGACUCCUCCAAGCGGAAAGGGGACGCCUGGGUGUGCGGGGUGGGCUGGCUGCUGGUCUGCCUCUGCUGCCUGCCUUUCCCUCUGCUAAGGAACCCCAGCUCUGAACCGACGGGUUCCAACAGCUCCAUGCGCUGCUUCUCCGAGCUGCCCCUGAGGACGGUCAGCACUCCGGCCGUCUGGGCCCUGCUGAUCGCGGCCGAGCUGCUGGGCUUCGUCAUCCCCCUGGUCCUGGUGCUGGCCUGCGCGUUGAUGACGGCCGGCAGCCUCCGGCGGGCGACGGCCAGGGCCACGCCCGACCGAGGGGAGAGGCGGAAGGCGCUGAAGAUGGUGCUGGGCUGCGCGGCGGUCUUCCUGGUGUGCUUCGCGCCAUACCACGUCACCAUGCCCCUGGACUUCCUGGCCAAGGCCAACGCGCUGGGCGACUGCUAUCUGAGGAAGCUGGUGCUGCGCAGUCACCCCGUCAUGCUCUGCCUGGCCAGCUUGAACUGCAGCCUGGACCCGCUCAUGUAUUACUUCACCACCAACGAGUUCUGGAGACGACUGAGCAAGCCGGACAUACCGGAGGGCAUGACCUUAAACAGGCGCCUGUCCUGCAUUAGCGGAGAGCAGCUGGACGAGGACUAGACCAGCGUCUCCUGGCCGAGUCGAAGCCCUCGAGCGCCUCAGGCGUCGGAGGGAGGUUCAAAAUGUGAUUCUUGUUUUUCUUAUUUAUUUGUGAAUUUAGAAAAAUGUUUCUACAUAAAGAGAUUUAUUUAAAUGACCAGAGGAGGGUGGUGGUCUCUUGUAAGUAUCCGGAAAGCCAGAGGGAGGAACCAAAGCUCUGAACUCUUGAUCGCAUCUCAGGGAUAACACACACGUUAUUGGGGAAACAGUUAAGUGAUGGUUUUCCCAAAAAAGAAAUCAAACUUGCCAAAGCUGUCAGUAGGUAAAGAAAAGUAACUUUA